AUGUACGGAAGCUGCCUUUUGCAGAAAGAAACAGGCAUGUACCCGGGCACUCUCAGGAGCCCUGGGGUUGGCGGCACAGCUGGGACAGGAGGCACGGGGGACGGUGGGAGUCCGAUACCAGCCUCCAAUUUCGCUGUGGCACCGGCUUUCUCGCACUAUAUGGGGUAUCCUCAUAUGCCCAGCAUGGAUCCUCACAGGCAGUCUCUGGGAGACUGGGGCUCACCCUACAGUCUCCCGCGAGAAGACUGGAGCGUGUAUCCUGGGCAGUCUAGUACAAUGGGCACAGUGCCGGUGAACGACAUGACCUCGAGCCCCGCCGCUUUCUGCUCGACCGACUACAGCAACUUGGGCCCUGCGGGCGGUGGAACUAGCGGUAGCCCGGCUGGUGGGUCGCUUGUCCCGACGGACGCAGGCGCCGCCAACGCCAGUUCCCCCAGCAGGAGCCGCCACAGCCCCUAUGCAUGGAUGCGCAAGACCGUGCAGGUGACGGGGAAAACCAGGACAAAAGAAAAGUAUCGUGUAGUUUACACUGAUCAUCAAAGAUUGGAGUUGGAAAAGGAAUUCCAUUGCAAUACAUAUAUCACCAUCCGGAGAAAAUCAGAGCUGGCAGUUAACCUGGGCCUUUCUGAGAGACAGGUGAAAAUCUGGUUUCAGAAUCGCAGAGCCAAGGAGAGAAAGAUGAUCAAAAAGAAAAUCUCCCAGUUUGAGAAUAGUGGAGGCUCGGUGCAAAGUGACUCUGGCUCCAUCAGCCCUGGGGAACUUCCUAACACUUUUUUCACCACACCAUCUGCUGUUCGUGGAUUUCAGCCUAUUGAGAUACAGCAGGUUAUAGUCUCUGAAUGA